UAGUUCUCGAUUCUCGGCCAGAGAAUCACCGGGCAUGUGAGCAUAUAUUGAUUUUCCGCCAUUCCGUUUGGGAUGCUGCCGAAAUAAACUUUGCAACUGGUCUGAAUCUGAAUCCGAAUCGGAAUCAGUCUCUUUUCGAACGCGAGACUGAAAGCGGAAAAAAGGAAAGGUGCGCCGGCUGCCAAGUGCGAGUGAAAAUGAAAUAAAUAGAAGGGAAGCGUCCGCCGCGAACUAAGAAUUCAUAAAAUUAUACAUACCGCGCAGCAAUUUGAAAACAUUCGGUGGUUGUCCCAACCGAAUCGGCACGAAAAGCUGCGAGUUUUGGUCUAAAAUUAGCGACCGGUGUGUUUUCGGUAGGGUGUGUGGUGAACUCCGGCCCCUCCGAACCCGAACCCCCAAACGGCGGCCCACUUGGGAUAUUGUAUAGCCCCCGAAAGUGUUUACCCAUAAAUUGGCCAAGAUGCCCCCAGCAUCCAACACGAUCGUGCUGAAGAGCCUCUCUGUGUUACUGGGCCUGUUCUUCAUCUUCGUGGGCACCCUGAAGCUGACGCCGCACAUCAGCAAGGAUCUCUACAAGGACCUGCGCACGGAGUACGUGAAGUAUGCCAAAGUAUUUCCGCUGACGGCCCUUUUCGGAGUGAAGAUCCCCUCGAAAUGGUACCGACGCACCGUUGGCAUCCUGGAGAUCGUCUGCGGCCUGGCCAUGGCACUGAUUCCCUAUCAUAAAGUCAAGAAUGCGGCCAAUGUGACGCUGCUGGUGCUGAUGCUGCUGGGCAUCUACCAGCACUGGAUGGUCAGCGAUCCCUUCGAGCGCUCCGGACCGGCGCUGGUCUUCACCUUCAUGCUGGGCGGCCGCCUGGUGGUCUGGUACCAGACCGCCCGCCUCCAGGACGAGGCCUCGACGGCCGCCCAGCCGCCGGCGAAUGGCGUCAAGCAGGAUUAGGCGACCCUCAUCACAGCAUACUCAUAGUCAUUCACUGAUCCAGCUUUGUUUUAGCACCUUAAGUUGGGCCCGAAAGCUCACUGAACAUUCACUCAUCAUUCUAGCGAAUCGAAAUUCAUGUUUUCACUUUGGUGCCAAAUAAUUAUCGUAUACAAAAACUAUUUAAUUGCAAUGGCGAGAGAUAUUAACUAAAACCGUAGAGCCGCGACAUAAAGACGACCAGCAAACAAGCAGAAAUUGUAAUCAAAUCCUCUUCGUAAAGGGCACUUAGUCGGAACCAUCUAAAUUACGACUUUUAGAAACAAUUUUAAUAAAUUUCAAACAACUCAUACAUAUUUAAAAUUAA